GGAGCUUCUGAGAAUAUGCAAUUCCAUCGGGGCGGGCUCCCCAUGCAAAGUCAAGCCAAGGACCAGAAUUACAAGAACGGUAUUUGGGUUCACAUUUAGCCGUUCCCUUGCUCUGGACGAAUAUGCAUUGAUGAAAACACAAUCGCAGCCGUGUCUGACCGAUUACACAGUUGAUCUGGUAUCCGGAUCGCUUGCGUUGCGAUUCAAUCCACGCCUGCCGGCAAAACUUCCAAGGUUGGUUUCUCUAUACUUCUCUGCCCUAAUCCUCUUCCUUUAUCAUGCUUCCAGUCUUCACAUCGUACUCUGCGUGGCUAGCCAGCCAAUGGGCAUACGACAGAUGGUCAUGCCUCGCUUCGAUGAGGCGCUGCCGGUUUGUAUUUGUCGUAAGAGCCGGACAGUCAUGCUCCCAUGCCUCAGUGGCCGUAAGGAUGCAGGGUAUCAUUUGGAGCUUCUUUUUCUGGGAUUGACGAUCAAUCGCUGUACAUAAUGUCUGUCUUGCAUGCUUUGACUUAGGUGCUGGUGUCUCUGCCAGUUAGGUCUAGUCGAAUAAAGCUACACAUUUCGUGGCCACGGGCCACUUGAC